CCGCUCAAAGUCAAAAAAUCUGGAGAGCAUAAAAUGAUUGUUGAGGUUAGGUGGGAUGGAACUGGAAUAAAAGAUCAUGAGAAAGUCAUAACAAAACUUCACGGAUGUAAUCCUAGUGGGACUUUGACUUACAGAAAAGAUAAAAAGAAACAUAAAUUUAGCGACCGUGAAACCACCUACGAAUUAGCCGUUCAUAAGAAGAACGUUCCAGUAGAAUGUAAAUUGGAAUUUACUGGUGAUCUCCCAAACAAAUGUGACGUUUAG